CUAUGCCAAGGGCUAGGAUAUGUCUCCCAACCAAAAGUGGGGGCUGGGUCCAAGAACACUGCCAUGUUGUCAGUAACCACAAGGGUGGAUCUUUUGCAACAUCGGAAAAGAAGCAGCCAGAUCAGUAAAGGAAGUUGCUGGCCACAAGGAGGUAGAGAUGGUCGUGCCCAACUCAGUCUUCCCCUGGAGAAUGUCUGAGCAUGUGUUUUUAUUUACCCUGAUUCUCUCUGGACUGCUGAGUGCCCCAGUGUCCGUAGUCAGGGCAACCUCGACUUCCUGACGGCCCUGCUGGUCUCACUUCCUGAACAGAAUCUGGCUAUGGCUCGGAUCCUCCUUCUUUUGCUGUCGGCAGCAUGUCUGCACACUGGGAACUCAGCAGGAUAUCAAAAAAAGUAUGACUAUGCUGUUGACCAACCAGCUGUCCUCUCUGGAGUCCAGGGUGGCUCCAUCGAGAUCCCCUUCUCUUUCUACUUCCCCUGGGAGUUGGCCAAUGAUCGGCCGAUGAGCAUAGCCUGGAGAUGGAAGCACUUCCAUGGGGAAUUCAUCUACAACUCGACCCAGCCUUUCAUUCAUGAGCAUUUUAAGGGCCGGCUCAUCAUGAAUUGGACACAGGGUCAGACAUCUGGAGUCCUCAGAAUCCUGAACUUGAAGGAGAAUGACCAGGCCACAUACUUCAGCCGAGUUUUUCUGCAAACAACAGAAGGCAUGAAGUUGUGGCAGUCAAUCCCUGGCACCCAACUCAUCAUUCAUGGAACCAAGAGAAUCUGGGUCCUGUGUGUUGCUGCAUUGUUUCCUUCCUCCUUUCCCUGCUGCUCCCCACAACCCUACUUUUUUAAAUCUUUCAGUACUACCCUGGGGAGCCCCUCCAUCAUCCCCUCUGCAGUUCCCACAACUGGCCUGGAGGACACAAGGGGCCAGAGGAAUCCUUCACUGCUGAACUUGGGAGCCAUGGUUGGGAUGGUUGUGUCCAAAGUUGUGGUCAUCAUCCCCCUCUAUGGAUGGGUGAUCUUCCUGUGGUCGAAGCAAAGGCCAGCAGAGGAAAGACUAAACCCUAGUAAGGCUCCCCAGUGCUAGAAUCUCUCACCAAGGAGGCAAGUUUACAUCAAAGUAGUUGUUGGUGAUUACACACCCUGCAUCCCACAGCCUUCCAUGUCUUCUCGCUGGGAGUCAGAGAUCAUGGCUGCAGGAUUCUCUUGUGAAAAUCAUUCUUGGAUAACCUCCAGUUUUGCCAUGGGGGCUCGGAUACCUUCUCCUGGAACCAAGGUCCUCCUGUGUGUCUCUGGGCCUGAGAGCCUGACUGUGCUGUUGUCUCCAUGCUCAUGGAGUUAUUGACACUGUUAAUAAAUAUCUUACUCCCAUCAAUCCAUCUCAGUUUCUCUCCUGAGCACCCAUCCCUUCCCCUUCCUGACACUUCUUAGAUAGUGUAUACUGUGUCUAGGGUGUAGGUCACUGGAAUAGACGUAAGGGCCAUUGUCUUCAUUGAAACCCACAGCCUGAGAAUCAGAGUUCUCCUCUUCCUUACUCUCUGGAUGCUGACAUCUCAUUUAGAGCCCAACCCCCACCCCACAUGCUUCACAUCAAAUGUCAGAGCGUGGCUUGCUUGAGUCCCAUGUUUAGCUUUCUUUACUCACAAGUCCAACUGUAUGCACUCACUUUCUCAUUUCCUGCCAUGCUGACAUUCUGCCCUUUGGGUUCUCUCCUAAAAUGGGAAAUUUGAUUCAAGUCCAGUCUGCCGUAAGAUUUGAGAGUCAGCAGGUCACCUUAUAAUAAAAAUUUGUGGGUACAGAGGAAACCAUCCAGAGUGACCCAGAAUGAAUGAAACCAUACUUCUCAUGGGAGAAGAAUUUUAUGGUCAUGCUCCAUAGAGAUCUACCAACGAUAGUGAGCCAUAAAUGAAGAGGUAUGGAUACAGCUCCAGUUCUCCAAUCACAAGCAUCAAAUGAAUAUCAUUCAUGGGCCUUUUCUUGGUCAUUUGGAAGCUGUUC